GUCAGCCAACUCCAGGAAGCGGUUGCUAUUAAUACAAUAUGAAAGAGAUGGUGACAGAGGGCGAAGAUCUGUUUCUCACAAAAACAGCUAAAUAGAACUAACUAGAUGCCCAUGUUUUGAACAGGGUAUAACUGAAAAUCAGAAUUGUGAAGGAUAUUUACAGUGGCAUUUAAACUUCUCUGAAAUUGACGCUGCACUGUGGAUAUAUGGGUGCAUGAACACUGCACCAUGAUGUCAGCAUCAUUUAUCUCUCCAACUAUUUCCACGUACAGCUACCAAGUGUUGAUUGUUUACACAAGGGACGCUGAAGAAUGGGCCACGUACCUUCAAAGUGUCCUAAGCUCUUCUCAGAAGUUUCCUGCCAAGUCAAUUCUCUUGUAUCCAGUCACUGCCGACGUUUCUUUGCAAGAGGAUGAGUUUGCUAUUUUUAAUGCCAGCAGAUGUAUUGUGCUUUUGCUAUCCACGGAAUUUUUGGACAUGCAGUGCAACCCAGGAGUGCUUGAGAUUUAUAAGAAAGUUUUUCGUCCUCCUAAUAAAAUGGUAUUGCUCUUCUGUGGGGUGUCAGAAAGUGACUUGCUAAAUGAGCAUUUUGGACACUGGCAUUUCUGGAGGAAACUUUACCCUGAUGAUGACCCAGCAAUAUACAUUUCUACUGUUCUUGAGUCUAUUUCUGAUGGCGAUGACGAUGUGACAACCAAUGAAACUGAAACAGCUGAAAAUACAACACAAAUGACUCAGAGAGAAGAAGGUGAAGGUGAACCUUCAGUAUCAAUACUAGAGUGUUCAAAGGCAGAGCAGCUACCUGAAGAAGAUGGUGUGAACAAUCAGGAGGUUCAGACACCACCUGGAAAUGAUGAAGAUGUCUGUCUCAUAGUCCAGCCGGACAGGAUACUUUGUGGGACCAAAGUGACUAUUUACAUCCUCCUGAAAUGUAAGUUGGACGCUCAUGCAGAAACUGCAGUGGAAUUUUCCUGUGAAGAAUGUGGUGCCAAAAGAGAGCCAGGGACAGUGGAAAAUGAAUACACUGUGAGCGUCACAUCACCUGACAUGCCUUCGGGAAGUGUUUUGCUUUCUCUGUAUAGCAAUGACUUGAUUGUCUGCUCAAAGUCUGUGACAUAUUUCACUGGCAUGGAGGAAGUCAAUAGGUACCUGGAAAGUGUAACAAAUCCCUUGGAAUUUUUCAGUCAGGCUUUCAACAUCACAUCCAGCUGCAGAGAAUCUCUGGACAAGGUGCUGGCUGAUUUACUUAAAAGUAAAAUGCCAACAAGUGGUUUUGAAAUCUUUGGAAUAAACCAGCUGGAAGAAGAAAACAUGUCUGCCUAUCAACGAAAUGAGGAGUUACCUACAUUGUUACAUUUUGCUGCAAAGUAUGGGCUAAAAAAUCUUAUGACCCUUCUACUGCAAUGCCCUGGUGCUUUGCAAGCAUACAGUGUGGGAAACAGGCGCGGCGAUUAUCCAAAUAACAUUGCUGAGAAAAAUGGAUUUUUAGACCUUAGACAGUUUAUGGACAAGUAUGUUGAAAAUGCAGGAACGGACAAGAGUCACUUAAAGGAAAGCAUCACAGAAGAGGAAAGUGAAGACGUAUAUGAGCCCAUGUCCAAAACAACUCAGGAUAGCUUAACACUGGACACUGAGUGUAAGGAAGACAUCUAUGAAUCAAUGCUGGAGUUGGACCCAGAUUGCAUCCAAGAUUUAUAUGAGGACAUGGAAAAAGCAAUGAGGCAAUCUCUCAAUCCUGAGGAGGCCAUGUUGCGUUCAUUUUUUCAAGCUGGGACAACAAGCAAGACCGAGAAAUUCCUAAACUCAGAGGAGGAAACUCACAGAGAAGAAACAGAGGGAAAUGAAAAUAUAGCAAGUGAGGGGGAAGAGGAAGAUCCUUAUAACUUUUGUCCUGCUGAUGAAAUUUAUGACACUCUAGAUGAGCUUGCCCCAGAUCAUGUCUCACAGAUUAUCAGUCGUCCUCCAGCACCGAUCCCUAGACCUUCGGUUGUCACUGCUGAGACCGAGGAAAACAAGACCUACAUUUCCAGAGUGUUUUCUGAAAAACCAUCAAUAGCACCCCAGGAUAUGCGCUUUGAGGAAAGGCUGGCGAGAGGACCUGCCAGAGACAGACCUCAAACAACAGCCUAUGACCCAUAUGCAGGAAUGAAGACUCCUGGACAGAGACAACUCAUUUCCCUACAAGAGAGAGUAAAAGUGGGCGAUAUUAGUGUGGAGGAAGCUGUUCAAGAAUUCAAGGAGUGGCAGAUGAAUCAGGAAAAGAGAUCUCUGUCCCUACGCUUUCAGCAGGAAAAUCUAAAGCGUUUAAGAGACAGCAUAACAAGACGACACAAGGAGAACGUGAAGAUGGGAAAGGAAAUGGAAAUCACAGCUCCCUUGCAACACAGCCCCUGCAAGGAUAUGGCAGUGAAACUGGAAUGUGCAGUGUACGAGCCUUGCCCGCGAGUGAACGCCGAUCCUGAUUAUCCAGUUCACAUAGGAAAUUGGCAAAAAGAGAGCAUCUCUUGUAUUGCCAGAAUUGGAAGUAAGCGGCAGAGUACCAACAGUGCUAGCAGCUAUACUAGUAGGACAGAGAAUGAUUACGAGGACGAAACCGAUUGCAGUUCUGCACCUUCUCUUCCUCCACGUAAUAUCGACAUGCCACCACUGUUGCCUCCUCGAAUUCCGCCCCGGUAUCCUGAAAGGUUUUCGGAGGGCAUGGCCUCAGACCGCUACACAUUCUGUCCCACUCGUCUUCAAAAGCCUCCUGAAAGGUCAAACUCUCCUCCACCAAUUCCAAGGCGAACACGGUGAUAACGUUAGCAGAAGUAAUACAUUCUAGGCUGUUGUUUUCUCUAUUACGGGCAGACCUCAACAAUAACAGGCACAUAAAUAAUCGUAGUUUCUUUUUCUAUCUAUUCUAAUGCUUUGAAAGUAUUACUUUUGGUUUAAUGAUACCUUGCAGUUAAAGAAAAUGAAUCAAUCUAUGUCUAUGAAAUGAGUUUGGUGUCUAUGAAAGUUGAUUAUAUCCAGGGAAGCCCAAGAGUUUACCAUGUGCAAAGAAAAGUUCUUCCAGCUUGUUGUGGAAUUUUUAACUGAACAUGAUGCUAUGAUAAUUUACAUAAUGUACACAUGCUGCAAGGCAUUUAGCAUUUUUAAAUGUAAUUUAUUUAUAAUGUAUUGUUUUGAAGAAGUAUUAAAAUAAUGCGAAAAAUA